GCUUAUUUCAGCUCUUCAGCUCUUUACCUGGAUUUCAUUAUGUCAGUCACAGAGUUUCCUUAAACUCACUAUCUCAAUAUAUUGUUCCUCCAUGUUCGCUUUUCAAUUUUCAGAUCAUUUCCCAAUUCAUCCUAAUUCUCAGUUAGUUAAAUUUCAUACAAAUUCAAGCUUAUCAACCCAGUAAUCUGCAAGAGGGUAAAUGGAGCUGAGAAAGAGAAAGAUGAGGCAAGUUUUACUUGGGUUCUCUGUGCUUGUGUUUGUUGAGCUAAGCUCCGCAACUGUGGUUUACAAACCACUGUCUAUGGCCUUCGCUGACCUUCCUGCCAAGUUUGCUGUUCGUGUCAAUAGCUCUGGUGCUUGUGGAGCUUUGGCUAAUGCUGACCCUUUGAAUGCCUGUUCGCCUCUAAGGAAUGGGCGCCGAUCAAAUGAAACUGAGAAAGCAAGGUUUGCUUUGAUAGUUAGAGGGGAAUGUACUUUCAAGGACAAAAUACAGAAUGCUCAAAAUGCUGGUUUUGCUGCCGCAAUUGUUUAUGAUGAUAAAGAUGGGUCAGAUUUAAUUUCCAUGAUGAUAAACGGUGAGAAUACUACAAUUCAUGCCGUGUUUGUUUCAAAGGCAACUGGUGAACUACUGAAAGAGCAUGCUCAUGAUGAAGAAGGGGAAUGCUGUAUCUUCCCAUUUGCAAAAGAGACAGCCUGGACUGUGCUAGCUAUAUCUUUUCUCUCAUUCAUAGUCAUAUUGGGUAUAUUAUUAAUAGCCUUAUUUGCUCCAAGACACUGGUUGUACUCACAAGGAAGAAACCAACUUCCUAAAAGUGUGGAUACCAAGGUGGUGGAAGCUCUACCUUGCUUCACAUUUAGUUCCGCUCGGUUGGGUGAAUGCCACAGUGAGGAAACUUGUGCCAUUUGCCUUGAGAAUUACAAAGAUGGGGAAAUUCUAAAAGUUCUUCCCUGUCAACACGAAUUUCAUUCAAGCUGUGUGGACUCAUGGCUGACAAAAUGGGGCUCAUGCUGCCCCGUGUGCAAGCAUGAUAUGAGAACAAAAUCUGUGAAUCCUGAGAUCAAGAGAAGGACCUGGAGGUGUUGUAUAUUAGUGAGUAUACUAGAGCAGAAUGCUCUUGUCAUGGCUAAUAGCUCUCUUGAUGUACAUGGAUUACCUUGUAAUCCUGGUAGGUAUGGCACUGUUGUAUAUACUCAGUCUAUUCAGCUUUGGUAUAAAUCAGUCUAUUCAGCUUUGAUGAAGGCUUAUUGGUUUGGAGUCCCUUGUGGAUUUGUUGCUCUAUUGCUUGUGUUAUUUUGUAGUUCUGGAGCAGAGGUUGUGACUAUUGAUGUUCAAGAAGCUAAGGAUCUGAUCAAGUCUGGCUAUGGCUAUAUGGAUGUUAGGACCGUGGAGGAGUUUAAGAGAGGAUAUGUGGAUGCAGAGAAGAUUUACAAUAUUCCUUACAUGUUCAACAUACCUGAGGGUAGAGUGAAAAAUCCCGAUUUCUUGAAAGAGGUUGAAUCUACUUGCAACAAAGAAGAUCAUAUUAUUGUGGGUUGUCAAAGUGGGGUUAGAUCCCUAUAUGCAGUUGCUGAUCUUCAGAAUGUUGGAUACAAGCAUUUGAGCAACAUGGGAGGAGGUUAUUUGGCUUGGACAGAGAAACAUUUUCCUGUUGUUAAGCCAGAAGAUGCAGAUCAGAAAAAGCCAGAAGUUGUUGAGCAAAAAAAGCCGGAAGAUGUUGAGCAGAAAAAGUCACAAGCUGAGCUCUAAUUUGUUGCAUUAGCAAGUAACUUUUACUUGUCAUUUGCUCUUUUUUCAAUGUAUUAUGGUAAAUUGCUGAUCAAUAUGCAAUAUUUAUCUCUAGUAUCAGUAGUAUGUACCUUUAUAUCAAUAUGUGUCAUUCAUCACUUCCAAGUUCCAAGUAAAUAUUACAGCCAUCUUUACUCAGUUAUACAGAGUUCAAGUUUACUUGCCC